UUGAGGGAAAAAAUUAAGAACAUGAACUCAAUACAUUUCUAGUUUCCUACUUUCAUAUCUUCCACCAACACAACAAUGUCACUUGCAGUAGCAGCUGCAGUAGGAGCAGCACCAUCAAAGUUAUUACUCCCCACUUCCCAAAACUCAAACACACUCAAUUUCCUUCCUCCUUCAAUUCUCUCUCCUCUCUCUUUCCCCACACCUUCCUGCCUUCAUUCAUCCCUCACUUUCUCUCUCAAAAACCUCCAUUCUCUCUCCUCCCCUACUCUCUGCACUGCCUUUAAUUCCCAAAACCUCCAAUUUGUAACCUCAAAUUUCAACGAAGAAGAAGAAGAAUUUGAGGAAGAAGAACAAGUAAUUGGAGAUUGUCUUGUUUUUGAAGAUGGUAUAUUUGAAGACCCAUAUCUUGAAGAACAAAUUUCUUCGAUUUCCAUAACUACCCAAAAUCCCAGAAACACCCAAAAAGCAACCGAAGUAAUUGAACCCCAGAAUUUAGUCCCAGAUGAAUGGAAACAAGUUGUGGAAGAAAUUAAUUUGACUAAGAAAGAUAGGCGUAAAAUUGCGCAAGAAUUAGAGUUUGGGUCGAAGAUUGAGAAGAAGAAUAGGGUUAGAAAUGUUAAUUUGGAGGAAUACUUGAAGGUGAGAAAUGAGAAGCUGUCGCAAUUGAAACCCCUUGUUCUUGAUAACCCACCUGCGUUUUCUUCCAAAAAUGGCGGAAAUGGUGAUGAUGGUGAAGUUAAGAGUAGGAGAGAGAAUGUGAAUUCUGGUGAGAGUUCAAGGGUAGAACCCAAAAAUCCUAGAUGGGCUGUUUAUGGUCGUGGAUUGGAUGAUAUUACAGAGUUUUUCAACAAUGGAAAUUAUCAGCCCAGUGAGAAAACUGAUGCAAAAGUAGGACGUCAAAUGUUGUUUACGAAGGAGGAGAAGACCCUACUGAACUCGAAGAAACCAAAACUUGAUGUUGCUACCUCACAAAAGUGGCUGCCACUGCAUGCUCUUGCUGCAUCUGGAGAAUUUUACCUCUUGAACAGUUUGGUAAAGUAUGAUGUUGACAUCAAUGCUGCUGAUCAGGAUGGCUUGACCGCACUUCAUAGAGCAAUAACUUGCAAAAAGCAGGCUAUUAUAAAUUAUCUGUUGAGAGAGUCAGCUGAUCCUUUUGUUUGUGAUGAGAAUGGGGCAACUUUGAUGCAUUAUGCUGUUCGAACCGCAUCAAGCCAGACUAUUAAAACGCUGUUGCUGCACAAUAUUGAUAUCAACCUCCAGGAUAAUGAUGGGUGGAGUCCAUUGCAUCUAGCUGUACAAACACGAAGAACAGAUAUCGUGAGGCUCCUCUUAAUGAGAGGAGCAGAUAAGACACUGAAGAAUAAGGAUGGCUUAACUCCCUUGGAACUUUGCCUAUAUUCUGGUAGAGACACCAAGACUUAUGAGCUUAUCAAGCUAUUGAAACACUUGCCUAGGCAGCAUCGUUGAUUGUAUAUAGAGCACACGACACAAGUUAAUAUAAUUUGCUGCUUGCUCGAGAGUCGCUGCUGAAAAGAUGUACAAACCUCGGAUCGUGAUGAAUUCGUGGACAAGUGUGUGAUUCCAGUAGCAAAGCUGCUGCCUUAUGGCCUUAUGAAACAAUCAGAUGGAGGAUCUAUGAAACACAUAGGAAUAAUAGUUGUACUGUUGUAAAAGCUGUUCAUCCUGCUUGAUUAUCCUAUUCCCUAAGCAUGAUGCUACAUUGUUUCUAUAAUGAUAUAUUAUUGUGGAAAUAAUGGAAUCGAAUAUAUUGUCAGUCUUGUUUCA